CAGUACUACCAGCAGCCCCAGCAGUACGUGCAGCAGCCCCAGCAGUACGUCCAGCAGCCCCAACAGUUCGUGCAGCCCCAGCAGUACGUGCAGCCCCAGCAGCAGUUCGCGUUCCGGGACGAUGCCGCCAGCAGCACCACCCCCAUCCCCAUCCUGAGCUACGUCAACGAGAUCAACCCUGACGGCUCCUACCACUACAGCUACGAGACCGGCAACGGCAUCAAGGCCGACGAAUCCGGCAAGAUCAACAACGCCGGCCAGGAGAACGAGGCGCUCGCCGUGCAGGGCUCCUACUCGUACGUCGGCGACGACGGCCAGACCUACUCCGUGCAGUACGUCGCCGACGAGAACGGCUUCCAGCCCCAGGGCGCCCACCUCCCCACCCCUCCCCCGAUCCCCGCCGAGCUCCAGAAGGCCAUCGACGAGCACCUCGCCGCCCUGGCCACGGCCGCCCCCGCCGAGGAGGAGCUGCAGGGCAGCACCCCGGACCAGCGGUAUUUCCCCCAACGCCACUUCUAGGCUGCCACCGAGACCGCGAGACUGACUCAGGGAGACCAAUGUGAUAAAAGAGGGCCUUCGAGGAGGCGAGACGGAAGGGGGGCCGGACGGGGACUCCGACUGCCCCGUCCGGGCGGAGUCCGGAAGGAACAUGAUGUGCCAUAGUGACCGGUACAACAGGUGCCUCCACAACAUGACGGGUACAAAGGGUACCAAGCAGGAGAGGCCCACCACAGCGCCUUGCAAACAGACUGAAAAACUCACGCACUGCACGCACUGGAAUAAGUAUCUAAUGAUGGACGGUA